CAUUAUGGCUUCCCUGUAUUUUAUUUUAUUUUUAGUGGCAGCGUUUGACCUCGGGUUCACUUAUAUUUUGGAAGGCGAGUCAAAAACUUUGAAAUGGCCUCCAGAAUAUCACCUCAAAGGCGAUGAAACUAAUAUUGGUACUGGCAUUAUUAAACCUUUCGAAAUAUGGUACAGUAAGGAAUUAAACAGAUCCCGCGUGGAUUACUACGAAGGCACCGUCAGGCAUUAUGUCUACGGUGAAACUGAGGACAACUACGGACAAGAGUUUGUUGUCUAUCCAGUAACAAAUGAAGAAUAUACAAAUGAAAAUGUGUGUGAGGAAAGAGACUUUAGCGGCCCGGCAACAGAUUUUCUGGGAUCUGUUUCCGACUUUGAAUUUGAAGGGCAAGAAACCUACAACGACAAGUUAGUCGACGUGUGGAAGUAUUUAACGAGUGAAGAAGACAAGAAGAAAGUUGAAAAGACGCUGUACGCUUACAAGGAUGCAGAGGGCUUCGAUAUACCUGUGCUAAAAGAAAUAAAAGUGAGCAACCUGUGGAUUGGCACGGUGAAAGGUCACAUUGUAUCGCGAUUCUACGACUUCAGCAAACCUACAGAUGCAGCCCUGAAUUAUACGCUAGACAAAGACUGCAAUGAGACUGAAGUAUCUUCAGAUUUAAUGGAGAAAUUACACCUCUCACCCGAUGUCGAAGACGCGUUUGCCAGUUACAUGAGUCGGCACGAUAGAAACUAUGAAGAUGACCAGGAGCUUAGGAAGGAAAUAUUCAGAAAUAAUUGGAGACGAGUCAUAGAACACAAUAAAAAAAAUCUGGGCUACACGCUGACCUUGAACAAGUUUUCCGACUGGACUGAAGAAGAGCUGGCUAACCUGAGGGCCACCAGACCUUCAGGCGAGCACGUGGGCUCCGUGCCUUUCCCGCACACCGAGGAGGAGGUGGAAGAACUGGUCAAGGAGUUGCCGGACUACUACGACAUGAGGAUCGAAGGCUUCAUCAGCUCGGUUAAAAAUCAAGGGUCUUGUGGUUCGUGCUGGGCGUUCUCAACAACGGCCGCUGUGGAAGGAGCACUGGCCCGCAGCAAUGGCGGUAGGGAUCUUGAUCUCGCUGAGCAGUCCAUGGUCGACUGUGCUUGGGGUUUCAACAACAUGGGAUGUCGCGGUGGUCAAGUAAAAGGUUCCUUCAAAUACAUCCUCAAACACGGUCUGCCAACCCAGAUGGAAUAUGGAUUAUAUUUAGAUGAGAUGGGUAAAUGCCAUCGGGAAAACAUGACCUCAUUGUACAAGAUCAAAGGCUUCGCCGCGGUCCCUCCGCUCAGUGUCAACGCUAUGAAGGUCGCGCUGUACAAGUAUGGGCCAGUGACUGUGUCUAUAAACGCGAACAAAGCUGUUAUGGGAUACAACAGUGGAAUCUUCUUCGACCCGACUUGUAAUGACAGUGGUCCCAACCACGGCGUGGCCGUGGUCGGCUACGGCAAGAGAGACGGUGCGGACUACUGGAUCGCCAAGAACUCGUGGGGCGAGGACUGGGGGCAGGACGGGUACAUCCUGUUCUCAGCCACCGACAACAACUGCCAUUUACUGGAGAACGCUUACUAUCCCAUUGUUUAGUCAGAAACAUUGCUUUGGAGAAAACCUUGAUUACAUUCAUUAUCUAGAUAAAACUUGGAUUUUAGAAAAUUUAAACCCUAAAGGUGUAAAACAGGGGUUUGAAUUUUGUGUAGUCCAUAAGCUAAUGUCUACAUAAUAAUGUUUUUGAAGAGUUUGUUUGAAAGAGUAGAAUGAAAUAAAACAAAAUUAAAUAAGAAAGGUUUAACAGCGAGUCUAUGUAACGAAUUGUCUUUAAAAUUCGUCAAUUCUAUGUAUAUUUUGUAAAUAUUAGCGUUAAUAAAUUCCACACGUGUAAUCUAG